AAAAUUCGUCUUUUAGAAGUGGUAAUCGUGGUAAUACUGUUUUAUCUGCUGAGUGAACACGUGUGAAUAUGGCAAUUGUUUACUGAAAUUGCUCCAAAAUAAUUGCAAAGAUGUUUCCCAAGAGUUCGUUACUGCAAUCACUCCGUACUUUCUGCAGUACGAGGGUCAAGUACAGCAGUAACCCCAAGGAGCUCGUGUUCUUCAUGGAUAACAUGGCAGUCUGCUGGCACCCGGAGCCAAAGUUUCCUUACGAAUGUUCAAAACCUCUGCCUGAGGUCAAACCAGCCCCACACUCGGUCCUGAAGAUCACGGAAGAGGAGGCUUACAAGGUGUGGACUCCUCCGAAGAAAGUUGUGGUUAUCGCCGAGGAGAUGGCGAAGAAGACGUACACCACUAAACACAUCUGGUUCCCCAGACCGAGAGACAAGAGAGCCAAGAAAACUGAGCCUGAUCGACCUUAUUUGUGAAGUGGUAUGGAGAGAGUUAUUUAAGACAUUUUCUGACAUCUAUUGAGAUUUAUUGCGAGCAAUUGUACGCAAUUUGUUGUGAAGAGAAUAAACAGUGAUAAGAUUA